GAGCGGGAGUCGGGGCGACGCGGAAGGGUGACGCGGAGCCGGACUGGGGGUGACUUGGGGCGGGAAUCCGGGCUGCAUUUGCUGGGCCGGACUUUUUGAGUGAGAUCCUGUUUGACCUUUACUGGAGCCCGGUUCCCGGGCGGGGCCAGGACGGAGGGGGCAGCGAGUGUCGCAGCUGGGGUCAGGGCCGGGGAGGUCUAGUGAGACGACCGAGGUUCCAAAGGCGAGUGUGGAGGGGGUCGGGCUGGCCAGAGGGCCCCGGGGAGCGUCUGGGGAGGGGCCGGUCCCCCAGAGAGGACAGCGGCGGCGCGUCUCUAAUUCAGGGGUUAUUAGCUUGGGCAGGUUAAUGAACUGGGGUAGAAAGAAAAUUGCACCUUUAGUUUUCUCUGUGUGAAAUGAGCAUUUCCUUCCGUGGCUGACGGAGUAGCGUUAACAGGGCCCUAAACUAAGUCGUGAUUUCUAAUGGGGAUGAGUGUAAAUGAUGGCUGGAGACGCAGUAUCUGCGGCUACUACAAGCCAUCGGUUACACCGAUCCCUGCUGUGACAGGAUGGCAGGAUCUUGGUAUUGCGUCGAAAAAACACCAGUAUAGGAGGAGUUUUUUAUUUUUUUUAUUUUUUUGUUUUAUUUUUUUUUAAAGUGCACAACAUGCUUUAGUAUAGGUAUACACUGUGAAAGAAUUCUCCCCAUUGAGUUAGUUCACACAUCCAUCAUCUCACAUAUUUGCUUUUUUUUUUUUUUUGGUGAGAAUAUUUAAGUUCUACUCUCUUAGCAAGUUACAAUUAUACAAUACCGUGUUAACGACUAUAGUCACAAUGUUAUCCAUUAGAUUCUCAGAUUUUAUUUGUCUUAUAACUGAAAGUUUGUACCCUUCACCAACCUCUCCCUAUUUUCUCUGUCUCCCAGCCAACCACCAAUCGACUCUGUUUCUGAGUUUGCCUUUUGUCUUUCUCUUUAGGAGGAGUUUUUUAAAAACGUCUUGAUACUUAUUUCGGUAUCAUUGGGGUUUUUUCUUGCAAUGUGGUGUAUUUCAUUUAAUGCAUGUAAACACUUUAUCUAAUGUGGCUACUUGAAAAUGUAAAAUUAGACCUCGUAAGUGAUUGCAGAUUGAUUAAUAACCGAGGCUCAGGAAGGAGAGUGACUUGCUGGCGGUCUUGGAGCAGUGCAGCCGAAUGCAAAGGCCCUGGUGGAGAAAGCCAGACAUGGACCUCGCAAGAUUGGCCCGGCUUUUCUCCGGACUCCGCCCUGUGGGACUGUCCAUCCUCCAGCACCUCGGCCCUCUCGGAGCCAAAUGGGCAGGAGGCAGGGAGGGGCCUGCAUGGCUGAGGGCUGUGGGGCUGACUCGAGCCUGCAGCAGCUCCCCCUCACAGCUGCCCCUUGGCCAAGGGAACCAGAAGAACAUGAGCAGCCUCAGCUCUGACCUGAGCCAGAGUGGCCCCACGGCCGCUCAGGAGGAAGAGGAGGAGAGCUUUGGGACCCUCUCCAACAAGUACUCCUCGAGGAGAAUGUUCCGAAAAUCGACAGCCCAGUUAUAUAACCUACGGCUCAGGGAACAGAGUGCUGAAGAUGAGGAAAGGGGGCUGGAGCCAGAGAUACGGCGGGGCCGGAAAAACACGCCUUACUGGUACUUCUUUCAAUGCAAACACCUGAUCAAAGAAGGGAAGCUGGCCGAGGCCCUGGACCUGUUUGAGCAGCAGAUGCUGAAGGAGGAGCGACUCCAGCCCCUCGAGUGCAACUACACGGUGCUGAUUGGGGGCUGUGGGCGGGCCGGAUACCUGAAGAAGGCCUUCCGCCUCUACAACGAUAUGAAGAAACGGGACCUGGAGCCCUCAGAUGCCACGUAUACAGCCCUGUUCAACGUCUGCGCCGAGUCCCCCUGGAAGGACUCUGCACUGCAGAGCGCCCUGAAGCUCCGGCAGCAGCUCCAGGCCCGAAACUUCCAGCUCAACUUGAAAACGUACCAUGCACUGCUGAAGAUGGCUGCCAUGUGUGCCGACCUCAGGAUGUGCCUCGAUGUGUUCAAGGAAAUCGUCCAGAAAGGGCAUGCAGUCACAGAGGAGACCUUCAGUUACCUGCUCAUGGGCUGUAUCCAGGACAAGAAGACAGGUUUCCGAUACGCCCUGCAGGUGUGGAGGCAGAUGCUGAGUCUGGGGCUCCAGCCGAGCCAGCAUGGCUACAACCUACUCCUGGGGGCAGCUCGAGACUGCGGCUUGGGGGACCCAGAGGUGGCCUCAGCACUGCUCCUGAGGCCCAGGGAGGAGACGGUCAUGCUCCAGCCUCUGGCACGUGGGUUUCGGGCAAAGAGGAGAGCCCGGGCCUGGCUGGGCAACGGCAUGUCAGUCAGGCUGCAUGUGGAGGCCCUGGAGAGACAGCUGUUUCUGGAACCUUCUCAGGUGCUUGAGGGCCUUCCAGAGCCUUGCGAAGCCAGAGCCCCCAGCAAGGCCCAGCCUGAGGUGGAAACUAAGAAGGAGCCCGAACGCAUGGUGGCCCUCACUUCCUUGGCCCCAGAACCUUCUUGCUGGGGGCUGGAGGCCAACCUCCUGACCUUGGGAGCAGUUCCCCCAGCUGUGGUCUCCUUUGGGACUGUGACCACCCCAGCUGACAGGCUGGCCUUGAUGGGGGGCCUGGAGGGCUUCUUGGGCAAGAUGGCAGAACAUGGGCUCCGGCCCAACAUCAAAACCCUCACGCUGCUGGCUGAGGUGGUGGAGCCCGGGAGUCCCGCGGAGUCCUCACUGCUGACCGUCCUGGACACGUACCAGGUGGAAGCUGAUGUGACGUUCUUCAACACACUGAUGAGGAAGAAGAGCAAGCUUGGCGAUCUGGAGGGCGCGAAGGCGCUGCUGCCACUCCUGGCAGAGAGGGGCCUUACCCCCAACUUGCAGACCUUCUGCAGCCUGGCCACCGGGUGCCACAGGCCAGCAGAUGGUCUGCAGCUGCUUGCGGACAUGAAGAAAUCCCACAUGACCCCCAACACCCACAUCUACAGCACCCUCAUCAACGCGGCCGUCAAGAAGCUGGACUACACCUAUCUCAUUGACAUCCUGAAGCACAUGAGGUGCGACAGCGUCCCGGUGAAUGAGGUGGUCAUCCGCCAGCUGGAGUUUGCAGCCCAGUACCCGCCCUCCUUUGAUCGGUACAAAGAGAAAAACACCUACUUGGAGAAGAUUGAUGGCUUCCGAGCUUAUUACAAGCAGUGGCUGAAAGUGAUGCCAGCAGAGGAAACCCCCCACCCGUGGCAGAAGUUCCGGACCAAGCACCAGGGGGACCGAGACCCCAUCAUGGAGGCGGAUGUGGACGGAGGCCUCAGAGGUUGGCUAUCAUCAAAAAGACAGUCACAAGUGUUGAGGAUGUAGGAAAAGUGGAUCACAGGCCGCUGGUGGAAACGUAACAUGGUGCAGCCUCUCUGGAGAAUUCUUGACUUUAGAGAUGGCUCUUCCCCAGGAAGUUAAAGUUACCAUACGCCCUAGCGGUUCUCCUGCUGGGUAUAUAGCCCAGAGAACUGAAAACACACGUGUCCACAAAAACUCUCAUAUGAAUGUGCAAGCAGCAGUAUUCACAACAGCCAAAAACUAGAAACAAUCCUGGUAUCCAUCAGCUGAUGAAUAGAUAAACAAAACCCACCCACACCAUGAAGUGUCAUUCGGCCAGAAAAAGAAAUGACCUGCUACAACACGGAUGAACCUUGAAAACAUGCCAAGUGGAAGGAACUAGUCCCCAAAGGCCCCCUACCAGAUGACGGUCUACAGAGACAGAAAGUAGACGAGUGGUUGCUCAAACUGGGAGAGCUGGGGAGAAGGAGGUAACUACCAAAGGGUGCAGGGUUUCUUCAGGAGGUAAGGGUUGCCCAACUCUGAAUACACUGAACACUGUAUAAGGGCAAUUUUUACAGAAUAGGACUUCAAUCUCAGUAGAGCUGUUAUUUUAAAAGAUAAAAAAAUAAGCCACGUGACUUAAACAGGAUUGUUUCAAGUGGCAAGUCUCUUUCUGUUAGCAGUUACAAAUUGAUCUUUGUCUACCACCUCCACUCAGUUUUUAGAGCAGAGGAGAAAGAUAAGGAGUGGUCAAGAAAACUGUACCUACAUUUCUCCAACUUUGGGGCCAUGCUAUUACUUAGGAUGUAGCGUUCAGCUCCACACACAGGAUUCUGUAAUCCGAGCAAAAGGCAGGUGUUGCGGACUGACCAAGUGCACACUGUGCCUGCUGCAGCCGAGGCCCUGCUCUGGGUGCUGAAGGCACAGCAGUGGAGCAGGCAGAGCAGCUCUGGGGCGGCAUUCCUGGGGAGGGAGGUGGAUCGGCAUGUGGGGCUAAGUGGUAAAGGCCACAAAGGAGAAGAGAAAACAGAAGGGGAAGUGGGGACUGACAUUUUAUACAGGUGAUCAAAGGCACAAGGGGACAUCUGAUCAGAGUCCUCAAGAAACAAGGGGGGUGCUGGGUGAAAUGGGGGAAGGGGGUCACAGGUGCAAGCUUCCAGUUAUAAAUAAAUCCUGGGGAAUGAUGACUACAAUUUACAAUACUGUAUUGUGUAUAUAUGUUGCUAAAAGAGUAGACCUUAAAAGGUCUCACAAGAAAAAGAAAAAACUGUGAGGUAAUGGAUCUUAAAUUAUUGUCAAUCAUUUCGUAAUAUAUACACACAUCAGAUCACAUGCAGCCAAAACAUACAAUGUUUCAUGUCAGAUCGCACUUAAAAAGGGGGGGGGCAAACAUGCUUAUAAGGCAUCUGGAAGCAGAGCCUCCCUCCCUGUGCUUUUGUCAUUUCUCAAUCUUUUAAACCAAAGCAGCACUCCCAUUUUAAAAAAUCCCUUUUGGACCCAUUUUCACAAGACCAUGUGAACAUCCUUGGACGUUGUUUUAUACAGGUUCACACAUAAAGUGGAACGCGUCUUUCAGUGGGUGGUGUGGAGUCCUGCCACUAUGAGUGUAGGAAGAGAGGCCAGAGGUACUGGCGUCACAGCAUAGACUAGAUCUAGAUUUCUGCCACUUGGCGAAUGCCAAAAACUUCAAAAGAAACCAAAACCCAUUAACUUCAAAACCUCAGCAACAAUUCUUUUAAAAUAUUAAUUCUUUAAAAAACUGUCCAUUAUUGAAGUGUUUAUGUUUGAUUUUCAACUAGUUUAAAAUCCUAACGAAGCAGUUAUUUAGGGGUGCUGGGGUGGCUCUGUCGGUUGAGUGUCCCACGCUUGAUUUCGGCUCAGGUCAUGAUCUCAGGGUUGUGAGAUGGAGCCAUGUAUCGGGCUCUGUGUUGGAUGUGGAACUUGCUUAAGAUUCUCUCUCCCUCGCCCUGACCCCCCAGGCCACGCGUGCUCUCUCAAAAAAUUAAAAAAAAAAAACGAUUGAGUAAGGGAUCAUACUGUGAUCCUGUAAGGCCAAGAGAUGCUCAUGGCUUCAGAUUAGAUUUCUAAAAAGACACUACACUGAUUAAUCAAGUUCAAGAUCAUAUGGCAUUUUGAGGGAACUGAACAUGGUACAUUCUGGAAAACUAGUAGAUAAUUCAAAAACAAAGUGGUGAAAACCAUGUCAGAGACCAGCAAGAAAAAUCUGGGUAAAACUUUUAACAGAAAAUGUGAACGUGAAAAAGGACAGGAUUUUCCAAGUAAACAUAUUUUGUAAGACUCUAAAUAUGUACCUAACCAAAACAGUAAAUAGAGGUAGACUAUUCAAUCUUUAUUCUCUAAGACUUUUAUAUCAAAGUUGGCCCCAAAAUGUCUUUGAGGACCUUUUCAUUAGUGCCAUCUUAUUUUCUAGAACUCCUAAUAUUCUGAGUUAAUAAGCAAAUAAAACAGGUCAGUGUCUGGAGGCCACAGUGGUGCUGUCUAUUCCCAUAUGAUACCCACAUUUCUGCCUGGCCCCUGGAGACAUCGAAGCCUGUGACUCUUAGACACAGCUCAUGCAGUUAGA